AUGUUUGAGUGGAAGAAACAGUUUGAAAAUAUUGAUAAAUUCAGAUUGAAACAGCUAAAGAAUGAACUUGUUCAAACUAGUGCUACUGAUGACAACUUCAGAAUCAAUUUUUUGGUUCUUUUUAUUAGUACUUUCUAUGAGUCUACAAGCAUGUGUAAAUGUAAUCUGAAUCCAUUGUAUUUAAUCAGAAGAGAUACUGAUUUAAGUAGCAUUGACUGGUGCGAUUACAUUAUGGAUUGUUUGGUAAGGACGAAGAAGGUUUACAAUCCAGAGAAAGAAUCUUCUUUCUUUUAUGGACCAGCAGCAUACCUUAUGGUACAGAAGAUAAGGUUUCUUGAGGAUAUUUUACAAGAGAGUGGAGGAUUUGGAUGUGGACAUGUUAAUGAAGCAUAUGUUGAAGAAGAAUUUCAAGAAUCUGAGUAUAAUGAGGAGGAAUCUAGUGGUGAUGAGGUUGAAUCUGAUGUUGAAGAGGAUUUAUGUGAUGAGGAUGAAGAAGAUUUUGAUGUUAAUAAAGUUAGUGAUGUGGAGAUGGAGGAUUUGAAAAAGGAUCUUGUUGUAAAGAUAGAUGAGGAAGUGUUGAAGUUUCCUCAAAGUCAGGUUUUGAAAAAUUGGAAAUUGUUAUUUCCUGUUGAAGAUUUAAGCACUGAAAGUUUUGAUUUCCGUUAUGUUUCACAAAAAUAUAAAGAACCGAUAUUAACACCUGAUUAUGAUCAAGGGAAAUGUUUUGGUGGUCAGGGGGAUGGAAGUGGUCCACAUGAGGGCAAUAUUGGUAAAAAUCACGUUGAAGGUAAAGGUGAUUAUGAUGAAUAUGAUGAACAAGGAAGUGGAAGUGGAUGUAAUAAAGAAGAGGAUAUGAAUUUAAAUUUUGUUGUAGAAAAUGUUACUAAGAGUGUGGGUCUAAUUGAUAGCCAGGAAGGUGUAUCUUUUAGUCAAUUUAUUUGCGAUCUAGUCGUUGAAAUUUUUCUUAAAACUUUGGAUCAAGGUAGGCAUAAUUUGACUGGUAUUGAUGAUGGGACUGUAAAUUUGGGUGAGGAUGAUCAUAAGAAUAAAGUAAUUUCAGAUCGUAGUGUUGAUAAAAUUAUUGUAGUAAAGAAGGACGGAGAAGGUGAAGAUGUUGAAGAUUGUUCAAAUAAAAAUAAAGAUGGAGAAAAUGUUGAAGAUUGUGCAAAUAAAAACAAUGAUUCAAAUAAGACUCGAUCAUUGAAAAAUGAUCUUGUUCAAAGUUUUAGUCUUGGAUUUAGUCAAGAUUCUGAAGAUGUUAUUGAUGCUAGUCCAGUUUCUUUUGCACCCCCUUUGGGUACAUUUGAAGGACCAUCAAAACUUGUUUCUUGCAAACAUAAAGAUAUAAAGGAAGAAGCAACCUCAGUAGUGGAUGUCAAAGGAAAGAGACAAAUGAAAUUUUCUUAUGUUUAUAAGUCACCAUUUAAGGAAAGGUUGAUUGAUUUUAAAACUUGUUUGACACAAGUAGAAAAUGUUGUUUGUGAAUGGCUUUUCAGUCUUCAAGGAAAUCUAGGUGUUCUUGACUCAUGGUCUCGUAUACUAAAUCACGAAGAGAAAUUCAGAGAUAUUGUUAAUUCUCCACUCAGAUUGUUCAUGAAUUUUGACACUACUUUGUUAUUUGAAUAUACUCAUUUGAAUGAAAGUGGAAAAUAUAAAGUUUUCAAGGAGAGGUUUUCUCGCAGUGUUUGUGGUGAUAGAGACUUGAAGGUUUUAAAGGAUGUUGAUAUGGUAUUUUUCCCGGUUUUGAGGCAUGAGCACAUAUAUCUUAUUGCUAUUAAUCUGAAGAAACGUGCUUUUAAGGUUAUUAAUAAUGGUGCAGAUGAUGCUGAUUUCGAUGAUAAGUAUGGUGCAGUUUUUAAACCUCUUAAAAAGUCUUUUUUGAAGUAUCUAAAAGAGAUCGGUCAUGUUAAAGCAAAUGAAAUGGCUGAUAAAAGUAUUACUCCAGUAAGAUUGACAAUGCCAUGGAGGAUAAUUUAUAAUAAAGUGGAUUGUGGAGUUUUUGCUAUGAGACAUAUGGAGAGUUAUUUUGGAGAAAAAGCAGAAAUCUUAACUUCUGAGAUUAAUACAAAGCGUGAUGAUGUGUUGAAAGCUGCAUAUGAGUAUCAAAAAGUUGAUCAAAAGAUUCGUGGUAAGCAUGCAUAUGAUGCUCAAUGGAAUAUAGAAAGAAGAUCUUUACUAGAUGUCUUUGAAGUAGAGGAAUGUUGUUCAUUUAAAGAAUAUUUCUUUUUAAUGAACAACAUUUCUCUACAUCAGAUAUGUAGUAAAGAUUUGUUAGGUUCAAUGGAGAUAAUCUUUCUAAGUAAUGGUGGAAGACUUCUUGGAGUCAGCUACAAUCUGUAUGAAAAUCUAGCUAGGAACAUGAAGAACAAGAAUCUUGGAAAAUGGGGAACUUGA